CGUGGCAACAGUUACAUUGUCUUGUUCGGGUUUCACCUCUACGGCCUUUAUUGUCAACAAUGCUCCUAAAUUGACGAUGCUCAGGCAUACAAGCAGUUUUACGAAGACAAUUCAACCAAAACGUUCCUCUAGGCCAUCCGAAAAAUCCAACCUUGUGUUGCCGACUACGACAUCAGUAGCCUCUGCCUCCUCUUCGUUCGAACCUCUCUUUCGGGGAGUUAAACGCGACUUCGAAAAUCGAUGUCCUGAAUUCAAAUCUGACAUUGUCGAUGGUCUGAAUGCUCAGUCCUUGGCGACAGUAUUCUUUUUGUUCUUCGCCUGCCUAGCACCCGCAGUAGGCUUUGGUAGCGUUCUAGGAGGGCUCACGGGAAACCAAAUGGGGGUGAUCGAGAUGGUUGCCUCCACAAGUUUGAGCGGGGUAUUGUAUGCGACUUUCUCCGCACAGCCUGUACAGCUGAUUGGACCCCAGGGACCAGUUGUAGCAUUUGUGGCAGCCCUCUUUGGCUUGGCUUCUUCUCUCGGCCUUGAUUUUUUGUCGCUCUAUGCAGCUACUGGAUCGGUAGCGGCUGUAUGCUUGGCGAUCUUUGCUUUCACCUCAGCUUCAAACUUGGUGCAAAAGCUCUCCCGUUGGACCGACGAAACAUUCUCGGUUUUGGUCUCAGUGUUAUUUCUAGCCCAGGCGGUUGGGGAUGUCGGUGCCACAUUUGCACUCCCGGCUUCGGUGGUACCCUCAGUACUCACCAAGGCAAUGGCCACUGCUUUAAUGACACUCGUAACAUGUACUUCAACGUUCGGAACUGCUGUUGCACUUAAGGGAUUGCCCAAGACGCGAUAUGGAACAGCGGCAAUUCGAAAGCAGCUCUCCAAUUUUGCUCCCGCAAUUGGCGUUGUUGUGGGUUCUGUGGUGGCUCGAGCCGCACGUAUCCGUUGGGGGGUUUCUUUGCUGGCCUUGCAGCUUCCAGCGAAGUUUGUAACGUCCACGGGUAGGACCUGGUCACUUCUUUCCACCCUGGCAUCAAAUUCUUGUUCCAAGCUUUGGCUGGCAGCGGUUCCGGCCGGGGUAGCAGCAUCGAUCCUGCUCUACCUCGACCAAAACAUCACGGCUCGCCUCGUGAACCAUCCACGGUUCAAGCAAACAAAGGGAAAUAGAACAUCGAUCACCGAUGGAAUGCACGGGGACAUGCUGGUGCUGGCCGGACUCACGGCUCUGUCCUCCUUCCUAGGCCUGCCCUGGAUGUGUGGCGCACCAACGCGGAGCGCCGCCCAUGUCCGCGCCCUGGCUACUUCGGACGAAGAUGGAACAAUCUCUGGAACACUCGAGAACCGUGUCAGCGGCUUUUCGAUUCAUGCCCUGAUCGGGUUGUGCGCGGUGGCCGCUGCCCCGCGUAACCUUCUGGCGACGGUUCCCAAGGCAGCUCUGUCGGGGAUCUUUUUGUACCUUGGAUUCACUUCGUUACAGGGUCUAGAAUUUUGGGACCGGAUCCGUGGUCUGUUUCAGGACGAUGUGGUCUUGGAUAAGUUUGAUUCUGUAAAGCGUUCUGCCAUUACGGUCUUCACAAUGGCACAGAUUGUGUGUCUGUGGACCAUGAUGCAGGUGACUCAAUCCAAGUAUGGAGUUGUAUCACCCCUCCUCAUUGCACUAUUGCCCUUUGCACGAUGGGGGUUGCUAAGGAUGGGAGCCGUGACGAAGAACGACAUGAAAAUAUUGGACGACUAAUUUCCAAGAGCCUCAAUACAAUUUCAACUGACAGGAACUACUUUUUCUACAAAAUACUAGUAGUAAGGAGUGCGUGCAGAUACACUGCUUUUGCUAUAAUGCUAAUACAAUAAGUUAAAGUUU